GACACACACAUCUCUGGGUGGUCCCCAAAGUUAAGACCUGGACCAGAAGGGCUGAUGCAUAAUGCAGUUUGACAUCUGACUAAUAGCAGUUGACAUUUUGUGACCUUCUGGCUAUUUGCUGUUCUGAAGUUCGUCCUCAGUGCAGGUCAACAGUGUCAGAACAGCUGCAGUACAAUGGCCGCCUUCCUUCACCACUGCCCCUUCCUGAAGUCUGCUCCGAAGCCGGCUUUGAGGAGAACGGGAGCCGCCUUGCUUUCCAUGGCCGAUCGAUGCCCCAUCAUCGUCCGCCAGAUCAGCAUGAGCGGCGCGGCCUCUCUGGAGGUCGCCGAGGCCAACGUCUCACCCGGUCGACUGAACAGUCCCCAAACUCCGACAGAGGUCCAGAGGAGGCAGUUUGCUCAGGUGGCCGCGCAGGUGGCUGUGUCCGUGUCGAAGGGCUGCCCCUUUGUCACCUCCCAGAUUGGGAUGGUGCGAGCCAGCCCUGAGGUACAGGAGGACGUCCAAAAAGGUAGCAUUCUGCUAUGUUAUGAUGAGGAUGAACCGAACAUACGAGACGAAAUAGCAACAUCUCCCACUAACAGGCACUUCUCUUGCACAGGUUUGAAGACUUUGAAGGGUUCAAAGGAUUCAGUCCUUCCAGCAUCUGUCAGCCAGCUCCUCCAAGACAACAUGGUUGGUCCGAGCUACAACUAUGACCGCUUCUUCACUGAGAGGAUUUCUGAGAAAAAGAAGGAUCACACGUACAGAGUCUUCAAGACUGUGAACCGGAGCGCUAAGGUCUUCCCCUUUGCUCAGGAUUACUCCGUCCCCGGGCGGGAAGACUCACAGGUGUCUGUCUGGUGCAGCAAUGAUUACCUGGGUAUGAGUCGGCACCCCCGGGUCCUCAAUGCUAUCAGAAAUGCUGUGGACAACCACGGCGCAGGAGCUGGUGGCACCAGGAACAUCUCCGGCACAAGUAACUUCCAUGUGACUCUGGAGAGGGAGCUCGCACAGCUGCACCAGAAAGAUGCAGCUCUGGCCUUCUCCUCCUGCUUCGUGGCGAACGACUCCACACUCUUCACUUUGGCUAAGAUGCUGCCAGGGUGCGAGAUAUACUCCGAUGCAGGGAACCACGCAUCGAUGAUUCAGGGCAUCAGGAACAGCCAGGCCAAGCGAUUCAUCUUCCGCCACAAUGACAGCCAACACCUGGAGGAGCUGCUCCAACGAUCAGACCCCAAAACGCCUAAAAUAGUGGCAUUUGAGACCGUGCACUCAAUGGACGGUGCAAUUUGUCCUCUGGAAGAGCUGUGUGAUGUCGCUCAUCGUCACGGAGCUCUGACGUUUGUUGAUGAAGUUCACGCUGUGGGCCUGUACGGAGCCCAUGGAGCCGGAGUGGGGGAGAGGGACAAUGUCAUGCACAAGAUCGACAUUGUUUCAGGGACCUUGGGCAAAGCCUUCGGCUGUUUCGGAGGCUACAUCGCCAGCAGCGCCGCCCUGGUUGACACGGUGCGCUCCUUCGCAGCUGGCUUCAUCUUCACCACCGCCCUGCCCCCGAUGAUCCUGGCCGGGGCCCUGGAGUCAAUCCGGUUCCUGAGGAGCCGUAAGGGGCAGGUGCUCCGCAGGUCUCACCAGCGGAACGUCAAACACAUGAGGCAGCUGCUGAUGGAUAAGGGCCUACCUGUGGUCAACUGUCCGAGCCACAUCAUCCCCAUACAGGUAGGAAAUGCUGAGCUGAACACCAAGGUGUGUGACAUCCUGCUGGAGAAGCACAACAUAUAUGUUCAGGCCAUCAACUACCCCACAGUGCCUCGUGGUGAGGAGCUGCUGAGGCUGGCGCCGUCUCCUCACCACAACCCGGCCAUGAUGGAGUACUUUGUGGAGAAACUGGUGGAGGUGUGGCACGACGUGGGGCUCCUGGUCAACGGCCCGGCGACAGCUUCCUGCAACUUCUGUGACCGCCCGCUUCAUUUCGACCUCAUGACUGAGUGGGAGAAAUCCUACUUCGGCAACAUGGAACCACAAUACAUCAAAGUGCAGGCAUAAUACCAAAGUACAUGUAGUACUCAACACAAGUUAGACAUGCAUAAAUGCCCCAUACAGCUUAAUUUUAAAGUGUGCUAAAGUGGAAUAAACCAAAUUAUGGUUUUGAGUUUAUCUUUUGUUUUCUUGUAUUAAUGUUCUAAAUUGUGUUUUCUGUCAUGGAUUUGAUCAAAGAAAAGUGCGCCUUUUCCAUUUCAAAAGCAAACAACCUGCACAUGAGCCACUUUGUCAUAUAUCUUAUCUUAGUGUGAUUGUUUGAAUUAAACUCUAUUUACCACAA